AUAAUUAUCUUUAGGUGCACGGUUAUCCGUUCAUCUCGUGUCAUCCAUCUGACGUCACUCCGCCCCGUCCACCAGCAUCAGUUGCUCGUUUAAAAACCCAUGUCUAAUUACCGCUGAUAGGUUUCUGGUGUGUGAACGGCCAGUAACUUAGAAAAAGGCAAUUUAAGAAUACUUCAAGAUGACUGGAAGAGCCAGAGCCAGGAGCCAAGCCCGUGAAAUGCAACCUCCAGGCAUGCCUGCCCAACAGGAGGUUACAAGGCCGGUGGCUGAACUGGUGGGCAGGGGAAGGCAGAGAGCAGCGCCUGGAGCAAUGGCAGAGGAAGUUUUGCAUCAGAUCUCUGCUGGCUUCCAGCAAGUGAAGAUUUUUGAGAGGGGUGGCCGCCGACGGGAAUUCCCUGAUGUUGGAGUGAACACCAGACAGGCCAUGGCCCAUGUGAAGGAUUCCAAGACAGGUGUUUCUGGAACUGCAGUUGAGCUGAGAGCCAACUUCUUCCGCAUCCUGUCCCAUCCUCAGUGGGUGCUUUACCAGUACCAUGUGGACUACAACCCUCAAAUGGAGUCACGCCGCCUUCGCUCGGCGCUACUCUUCCAGCAUGAAGACGCACUGGGACCUGCACGCACCUUUGAUGGAGCCAUCCUCUUCCUGCCCAAGAGGCUCCAUGACGUGGAGACGGUUCUUUUCAGUGAGACCAGGCAUGGUGAGAAGGUCAGGAUCACAGUAACUUUGACCAAUGAGCUGCCUCCCACCUCACCUGUGUGCCUCCAGUUUUAUAACAUCAUCUUCAGGAGAGUCCUGAGGAUUCUGAACAUGCAGCAGGUUGGCCGCCAUUACUACAACCCCCAAGACCCUCUUAACAUUCCACAGCACAGAUUAACUAUUUGGCCGGGCUUCACUACCACCAUUCGGCAAUACGAGUCUAGCAUCAUGCUGUGCUCAGACAUCAGCCACAAGGUGCUGCGGAGUGAAACGGUGCUCGACUACAUGACCUGCAUGCAGCAGCAGCAUGGACCCCAGCUCUUUGUUGAGACCUGUAAGAAGGAGCUGGUGGGGCUUGUUGUGCUGACCAAGUACAACAACAAAACCUACAGGGUUGAUGACAUUGCGUGGGACCACACACCCUGCAACACCUUCACAAGGGGAGGCACUGUCAUCAGCUUCAAAGACUACUUCAAGACGCAAUAUGGGCUGGAGGUCACUGACUUAAAUCAAGUCCUCCUUGUCAGCUAUGUGAAGAGGUUGGGUCCAUCAGGUAAACCGCCGCCUGGCCCUGCCAUGCUGGUCCCGGAGUUCUGCUACCUGACAGGCUUGACGGACAAAAUGCGCAAUGACUUCAACAUCAUGAAGGACUUGUCUGCCCACACCCGUCUGAACCCCGAGCAAAGGGAGAGGCGCCUACUCAGAUUCGUCAACAGUAUCCACAAUAGCGAAGAGGCGCAGAAGGAACUAAACACCUGGGGUCUGAACUUUGACAACGAGUUGCUUCCUCUGCCAGCUCGCAUCCUUCCCACCGAAAGGAUCAUGCAGGGUCCCAGAGUGUAUGGGUACAAUCCCUGGGCUGCUGACUGGACCAAGGAGAUGAGAGGUGUGCCCUUGAUCAGCAGUCGUCCUCUGGACAGCUGGAUUCUUUUCUACAUACGGCGUAACUGCCAAGAGGCUCAGGCUCUGGUGCAGGCACUGGGUCGAGUAUCGCAGCCACUGGGCAUUCGGAUGCAGCGCCCCAUCAUGAUUCAGUAUGAGGAUCGACAAGAUGGUCUGCUGAGGGCUCUACAGCAGAAUGUGGGUCCUGGCACAGAGAUGGUGGUGUGUGUCCUUCCCAGCAACCGCAAGGACAAAUAUGAUUGUGUGAAGAAAUACCUGUGUGUGGAGUGCCCCACACCUAGCCAGUGUGUGCUGUCUCGCACCCUAAGCCGGCCACAGACCCUCUUGACUAUUGCCACCAAAAUUGCCCUGCAAAUGAACUGCAAGAUGGGGGGAGAGCUGUGGAGCGUGGAGAUUCCGCUCAAGCAGCUGAUGGUGGUGGGUAUCGACUGCUACCAUGACACUGCUGCGGGUAGACGUUCAAUCGGUGCACUGGUGGCCAGCCUCAACCAGGGAAUGUCUAGGUGGUUCUCAAAAUGUGUGCUCCAGAGUCGUGGGCAGGAGAUCAUGGAUGCUCUGAAGGUGGCACUGGGAGAGGCACUCAACACUUGGAUGAAGUAUAACAGAUGCAUGCCACAGCGCAUCGUCAUUUACCGGGACGGCGUGGGUGAGGGCAUGCUGCACAGUGUCGUGGACUACGAAGUGGCUCAGAUCAUGGAGUGCAUCCGUGCUGUGGGGGAAGAUUACAACCCAAAGCUCAGCGUGAUUGUGGUGACAAAGCGUAUUGCUACCCGGUUCUUUGCUCGACUUGAUGGGAAGCUAGGAAACCCGCCCCCUGGCACAGUCAUUGACACAGAGGUGACCCGCCCUGAGUGGUACGACUUUUACAUAAUCAGCCAGGCCGUACGCCUGGGCACCGUUGGACCCACCCACUACAACGUGGUGUAUGAUAGCAGCGGCCUGAAGCCUGACCACAUGCAGAGGCUCACCUAUAAACUAUGCCACCUGUAUUACAACUGGCAGGGAGUCAUCCGAGUGCCAGCUCCUUGCCAGUACGCCCAUAAGCUGGCCUUCCUUGUUGGCCAGAGCAUCCACUGCCAGCCCAAUGUUAACCUGGAUGACUUCCUGUACUACCUGUAGCUGUGGGGAGGGAAGGAUGCUGUUUUGGGGGCGCUUGUUCACUGCUCAGUUAGUUUACCCGUGUUCACCACUGUUUGUGAGUCACUGUUCAUUGCUGUGCACUGGAACGAUUUUCAUUGGAAGUUUCACGGUUUUGUGUGAAAGAUUUUUGGCUUGGUGUUUUUGUUUUUGGGGUUUGAAAACAUUUGAAUAAAAGUUGGCGCACUCAGGGUCCAAUCAUUGAAAUCCUAUA